AUGUUCAUCUUGAGUUUCGAAGAAAAAUCAAAAAUACUUGAACAACAACACAAUGAAAAAAUGAUGGAAUUAUGUAGGAGACUUAAGAUACAACAAGAUCUUCAGGACCAAUAUGACCAACAAACAACAACAAUACAACAACAGGAGAGGUUAAUUAAUAAUUUGAAACACAAAAUUAGAGAAAUUGAAACAAGUUUAUUUGAUACUGAAUCAAGGAUUAGAGAGAAAGAGAGAGAAAAUAGAGAAUUAAGAUCAGAAAACUCAGAUUUGUGGAGAGAGAAGAAAGAUAUUUCAAAAACUAGGGAUAAAAUUUUGGAGCUAGAACAAGAAAUUCGAAUAAGGGAUGAAAAAAUCAAUGCCUUCCCUAGAGAUAUCGAGAAGCAAAAGAUAGAAUAUGAGAACAAUAUUCAAGAAGCUGAGAUUAGAGUAAAAAAACUGGAAUUUAUGAAAGAUAAAGAACAUGAGAGUAAAAUGAAAGAAAUCAAGGAAUAUUAUUUGAAAAAACAGAAAGAACUGAAUGAUACUGUUAAGGAAUUAUCUAGAGGAAAAUCAUUAAUUUCAAACAAGAAAAAAUCCAAAAAUAUCGCACAAGACUCUGAUAAUGAUUUUCUUAAGGAUGAAUUGUUUGCAAAACAAGCAACUAUUGAAGAAUUAAUGAAAAAGAUUACGGAAAUAGAAUCAAGAAAUGAAGGAAAGGAAUUAUCAAACAAUGAAACCUCAGUAAUAAGGGAAGGUAAUAUUAAUGAAGAGAGUGAACUAAUAGGUGAACUAAGAAUAGUUAGACUAGAAAAAGAAGAGUUGCUGAGAAAGUUAGAAUUGUCAGAGAUGAACAAAGUGUUCAUAAAAGAAAAUGCCAUGGAACAAGUGAAGGCAGCCUACAGUGAAUUGAAUACUACAAGAGAAAAGUAUAGAAAUGAAAUACAGAACCUCGAGGAGAGACAUAACCAAGAAAUGAAAUGUCAAGAAUCACAUUUUUUGCAAGAGAUUGAAGAUUACAAAAAUAUCAUUGAUAAUUCUGCUACUAAACAAACCCACACUUUACAGUUAAUUAAUGAAAAUUCAGGAGAGAAUUCCAGAAUCUUAAUGCUAAAGCAAUUAAUUUCACGAAUUGAAAAUUUGGAAAGCAAACACAAAAUCAAAGAGAUGGAACUGGAAAGAGAGCUCAACGAGACAAGAUAUAGAUAUGAACUGAAAAUUACAUCAAUGAAACAACAUCUUGAUUUGACAGUCCAACAAAAAAACCAACAAGUACUUCAGUUAAAAACUUCCCUUGAUAAUUUAGUACAAGCAUUCCAAAAGCUAAAGAUAGCCCAAAGAGAAAAUUUAUUUUAA